AUGUAUAGAUAUAUCAUAUACGCAUUUUUAUGCUUUACACAUUUCAUGUGUGUACACGGUUUGAAUAGGAAAGGAGGGUUUUUUAGCAGAAUAAAUAAUUCAAUCGGUAAUUUCAUAAGCGGCAAAACUUCAGCUCAUAGUAACCAUGAGAAUCCUCAUAUUUCUCUAAAAAUCAAACCUGCAACAAGUCUACAUUUAACUAGAAAUGAACUAAAUAUGUUGUUACUGGAGGUAAAACAUGAAGUAACCAAGCAAAUGGAACAAUUAGAAGAUGAAUUAGCUGAUAAGGGAAGAGAAGACGAGAAGCAUAUGAGUACUUGGACUAUAAAUCAUUCCCCAGUUUACAUUCCAUUUGCCAAGACAAUUGAAACACAUUCUGGGGAUAAUUCAAAAAACGAACGUCUAAAAAACGACACUAAAGAAUUUAAACAUAACCCUACUCAUAGGACUGAAGAGUCUAAAUUGAGGGAAAGUAAAAUUGCUGAGACAUAA